AUGUUGUACUUAGAUGAUCUGCUUCUCUGGCAAAACUCUCGCGUCUUGCCACUUCGCUCUUCCCUGGUUCUGGCUUUCUGUUCCUGCUUCAAUAUCCCGCUUAGCUGGCGGAAACUGCAGAUGGGGCCUUCCUUAACCUGGAUAGGAUGGCAAAUAGACUUCAGCGCCGGCUGCUACACGUUACCCGAGGCCAAACGCUUGAAGCUGCUUUCCCAGGUGGAGGAUUGCCUGCGGCAUCGCUUGGUGAGCCGCAAACAGCUUGAUAAACUUCUGGGUCUGCUUCAGUGGAUAUUGCAUGGGCUUCCAGCUUUACGCAUCCACGCUUACCUGGAUGACAAGCUUCACUUCACAGGAUGUCCGCCAGGCACCUGUAUCUCGGCAGGUUCCACUUUGUUGUCUGCUCGGCACAAGACUCUACGCAGCAAGGAGGACCUGUCAGCAGUUCCUGUCAGUACCAAGCGUAUGUGGCUUCGAGUGGCAGACCCUACAUCUUCCAAACGGCGCUUGUCUGAGUCCAGCAGGGAAACCCUUGCUUUCUUCGCACACUUGAGCUCCAGAAAAAAAACCUUUGCGGCCACCGCCUACCAGGCAACGAUUGCGGUGUCGGCGGAUGGCUCCGCUUACCAUCCGGGCGCCUGCUUUGGUUCUCGCAUCGCUAUACGGUUAGACACCAACUUAGGUCUGCCAAUGCAGCCCGAUGCCAACUUGGAUAUUUCCAGCUACGAGACUCUGGCACAAUGCUUCGUGCUCUUCGCUUUCUGGAAAGCUCACGGCUCUGGACGCUUGGCUCUCACAUUACCUGCUUUGAGCGAUAAUAGUGGCGCUGAAUCAGUGUGUAAUAAAUUGUACACCUCAAAAGUGCCGCUUAAUUUUUUCGUUCGCAAGCUUUCUAUGUGGAGCUCCAUCGCCGGAGUCACUUUGGACUGCAGCCACAUCUCUGGUGAAAAGAACGACGACGCAGAUCUGCUUUCACGCUGGGAUGGCUCCAGCAGCUUGCCCGAGAAGUUCGCCGCGGUAACAAACCGCAUCGAGCUCUCGCUUCCUGAGUUCUGGCAUGUAAGCUUUCAGGUUUCACUCUUCCCUCCUGAAACGUUUUUAAAGUGGCAGCUUCCUGCGAAACACAGCUUGGGCCCAACUAACGUGUUUCCGGCAAGCCGAAAAAAGGAGAAGUGCGAGUGA